AUGCCGUCGCGCCCACGACAUCCAUCGCGAGCAACUCGCGCACACGCGGCUGCAUCGUCCUCCUGGCUGACCACGCUCGGCUUCAAGCCCACCGUGAGUGGGCGCAACGUGGCCGCAUUCCUGGUGCAUUGCUCGGCAUCCAUCCUCUUUCUCGUCUUCCUCAAUGCUUCCCAGCCCUUCAUCAUCCAUCAGCUCGACGAGCGUCGGAACAAGGCGCCCAAUGCUGCACCCGACCGAACCGGAUCGCUCAGCGGCUCGCUCAUAUUCUACGACGAACUCUUGUCCACCGUAGUCUCGCUCGUGUGGGGCGCGCUUGCCGAGAUCAUCGGGCUGGCCGCCGUGACUUCCACAUCGUACCUCUUCAUCGCCCUCGGCCUGGCUUCGUACACGUUGCCGUCCAAACCAUGGCCCGACCUCGUGCCGGCACGCCUCAUCUUUGCGCUUGGCGGCAGCGGCGCCACCUCGAUGCUCUCGGCCAUCCUCUCGGAGCUAUCCGGCUCGCAUACAACCUCCCAGAAGCUCGCCUCGCAACCACUUGCGUCGGGUCCUCUGACUGAGGACGCUGAUUCCGAGACCGCAUCCGAAGCGACGCUGCGCCCCCAAUCCGGUCACAAUGGGCGAGAAGCAUCAGUUGAUGCAGGCGUGACGGAUGAGAGAGAAGCUCUGAUCGGCUCGCCUCCGGAUGCUUUGUCGAGGACAAGCAAGGGCAAGUCGAGGCAUGGCCGAGCUGCGGCUGUCGCCGGCAUUUUCACGGGCAUCGGAGCGCUGAUUGCCGUGUUUGUGCUGGUGCGCUUGCCGCAAAAGAUCGCCGAGUAUCUAGAGGCUCAGCGUCCGUCAGAGCCAAGCUCGACCUCAGGUGGUCAUCACGACGGAAUAGCCGACGACGUGAUGCUACGUCGAGCAACGGUGGUCACCUUUGGCAUUGUCGCCGCGCUUGCUCUGUUGGUGGCGGCAGUCACCGCUCUGGGUCUCCGAACGGAUCGUCGGUACAGCUCCGUUCGUAGCGGACGCGCGCUGUCGGAAGAGACAAGCACGCAGCAACAAGCCGAUUAUGGUGCUCUGCAUGACAGCACGGUGGCGCUGGUGGAGGACAGCCGACAGGCACGUCGGGCGCGGCUGCGCCAACGCUUGGAUCGACGAUCGCAUUCUUCGUGGACUCGUGUGAUCCGCUCUCACAUCCAUCGCUUCGUGCGUGGAUCCGUGGGUGGAUUCCGUAUGGCCGGACGCGUGCAGAGCGCCGGAGCAUCUGCGGACGAGCUCGAACGCGUGCGUUGGCAGAGCGGAUUGGCGAGGGAGCUGCGCAUGGCAUAUCUGGGCGGUGCACUCGCGCGUGCAUUCACGAUCGGCACCACCGCCUUCCUGCCGCUACUGGUCACGCACCACUACUACACGUCGGGACUGUGCCGAAAGCUGCCCUCGCCCAACCCAGAUGCACCGCUGCCCGGCGAUGAACUCAAGAAGCUGUGCAGAUCCGCAUUUACCGCCACCGCGAUCCUGGGCGGAACGGCUCAGCUCACAGCGCUGUUGGCUUCGCCCGUCAUGGGACUGCUGUGUGAUCUUCUGAGUCCGACAACGACGAUCUCGUUGACGUCAGCUGCAGGUGCGGCAGGAUUCUACCUGCUGGGUGUGGGCACUGCAGGGUUUGGUGGCGACCGCCAGACUGGCGAAGAGGUGCCCGAUCCACUGGGUGCCGUAUCGAUCGCGGCAGCCGUACUCAUCGGCGUGGGUCAGAUCGGCGCCAUCGUAGCAAGCCUCGCAGGAUGCGCAAGAGCAAGAGCCUUGGUGCAGGAUCAUGCCGAGCCCAGCGGAACAGCAGGUGCAGGAGGCGACGAGGCUGCCUCGGGCAGCGCGACGCUUGUACCCGGCCGCAAUGCGACAGGGAACAUGGAGACAACUGGCAAGGAUGAAGCUGGACAGGGUGCAGGCGCGAUUGCAGGCGCGUAUACGUGCACGGGCUCGCUCUCGAUCCUGCUCAUCUCGAAGCUCGGGGGCUUCCUGUUUGAUCUGUAUGUGCCCAGCCCGUUCCUGCUCAUUGGCGGAUUCAGCGCGCUGGUGUCGAUCUGCGGCUUUGCCACGACGCUGUCCAUGCACCUCAAGUCGACGUAG